CGAAAUGAUUGCAUCAUGAAGCCAAAGCCAGAGGGUAGUGUCAACUCUGAUGUUACUCCUAGCAGCAGUAAUUGUAAUAUAAGUGAUAUUAGUAACUGCUUUGAUGAGAACGAAAACUUAAGUCCAACAGCUAUAACCCUGCUACCCAAAGAUCUCUUGGACAGUCCGAUGUUCAGUAGUCAAUACGGCUUACAGUCAUCCUUUUUACCAUCACCAUGCAAGAAUGAACACACAUACUAUGAGGUUCCUAUUAUGCAUUUGAGACUAGAGGAUAACAAUGUGCAAAUUCGAAUCCUCGAUGACAAUAAUGGAAUAAUUACUGGUGCUUACGCUACCACCAAUACUACUAAUUACGUCAAUGAAGGUAGUGAUACAUGUUUCAAAGGAUUCUAUUUGAAAACUACAAGAUCCAAUGUUAAAUUUGUAAUUGAAGACCCAUAUAUUAUUGAACAUGUAAUUUUGUUGCCCAUAACUAGAUCAUUUAUUCUUUCGGUAAAGAAAUGGGGGUGUGAAUUAAACAACGAUCAACUAAAAUAUAUUCAUGUUAACACUACUACUGACAGUAGUAUUAGUAGUACUACAGAUCCUUGCUUACCAUCAUUACCACUGUCACAAUCAUCAUCGUCAUUCUGUCAAUGUAAGCUAAUUCAUAUUAAAAGUGUGCUCGUUAAGUUAUAUGAAGAUUAUAUUGAGACUUAUGGUUAUCUAAAACAUGCUAAAUUAUUUGUCAAGUAUGCAUUAAGAGAUUUUCCAGAAUGUGAAGAAAAAAAGAGUUUGUUGAAGUUGUUGAAAUCAAAAAAACUACCUAUCAGUUUAACAAACUAUUCAAAUGAAACACCUCAUGAACAUGAAAAUGAAAUUACUACUUGUAAUGACCACAAUGUUCCCAGUUGCCUUUCUCACUUUGCUACAGAUUCAUUUAACUAUCAGUCAUUAUCAGUACAACCAUCAUCAGAAGAAAAGUUUUUUAACUAUUCGCUAAGUACUGGUAAAGAUCAUAGUUUGUCAAAAGUAAAUUCUUUUCAAUUCAACGAUAGUAUACAAACAAAUAUUUCAAAGAAUUGUUUCGGCUGGAAAAAGUAUAGAAAAAUAUUAUCUAGUGAUUCAAAGAAUAAAAAUCUAAAUCAAUUCAAUAUACUCUAUAAGAGUCAAAUAUGCAAACAUUUCCAAGAAAGUGGUGGUUGUUGUCCAGUUGGAGUAAAAUGUCAUUUUGCACAUGGCAGAGAAGAAUUACGUGAUCCAAAAACUCAUCCAAAAUUUCGUAGCCAGUUGUGUUGGUAUUAUUCAACAACUGGAUAUUGUUUUUAUGGUGACCGUUGUUAUUUUAGACAUUGUGUCAUAAAUCCACCCGCAUUAUUAACAUCGAAAGAAACAACACCUGAAGUAGUAAAACAUAAUAAAAAUGUAUCACCUGACUCAACAAACCGUAAAAAUGAACAUUUGGUGAAAUUUGGAAGGAAAAACACGAAAAAGAAUAGACUACAGGAUGACUGUUCACUUGGAUUGAAAUUGGAAGGUGAUUAGGAUGAAAAUGAAAUGAAGACGCUAAUGAAAUGUAUUCAGAAUUCCCUUUGAAGAUAAAAGAGGAAUAUUAGCUAAUAUCAUCACUAUGAAGGUAAUUUUAAUGAAAGAUAUACAUUCUUCUUUAAAUAAAUAAUAGAUACACUGAUAUUUUGAUACUUUAAUGUAAAAAGGCAUAUUUUUCUGUCUACAACUUGUACUACUAACAAGUAGCAAAAGUAAUAUACGAAAUUAAAUUACUAAGUGAAUGAACGUCUGUUCAUUAUACCUAAAAAUAUGAUAUAAGCUAAUUCCUUUGAUUGCAUGCACUCAUAACAAUCUCAAUAUCUUUUUGCUUUGAAAUAUUUUUGGUGCAGUUACUGAAGCAUUAAAGUUCAGUUAAACUUAUUAAUUUACUAGUUCCGUAUUUAUAAGUAGAAUACUAUUUGGUUAGUAUACUAAAGGCUUAACAAUCUCCAUCUAUUCACUUAUUAAAAUUGCAGUUACUGCAAUAAAGUUAAAAUAAUCCAAAAGUUCUAAUCAUUAAUUUUAAAAACAUAGAGUAGAAGUAAUUGAAUCAGUAAUAAAUACACUUUAACCUGGUGGAGAAUAUUUGUAGCUCAAGUGGAUGGUUUUUAUAACUUUGUGUUCUUUGAGCUGGGUUGUUUAAUCGUGAAGCCUCCAUCGUCUUGCUAGAUGACAUCUUCAGCGCUAACUACAGUAUAAAGUAAGCUCCCAACAUUUCUGCAUGAGUGAUUUAAUAACUUGCCCUAACGAACUGGUUUAUGAUUGAUUGUUUCCUUUGAUUGUUGUGUCAUUGGCGGGAUAGACUUCUCUGUUGGGUGUUCCUCUGCUUGACCACUGACAUUUCUGUCAUUUACCACUUCCCUCACUGGUUAGUAGGUUGGGUCUGGGUCUAUACAUCUGUUGAUUGAUGACUAAUCUGAAUGACAAGCUUCUAGGAAUUCUCUGAUAUUACUCGUGUUUCCUCUGUCCACCAUUUCUAUAUUGUCAACAUUGAGUCCAUUUUCAUAGUUGAACACGUGCACUGAAAUAAGCCAUGGAAUGUCGUGACGUUUAAUGCCUAGUUGGUGUUCAUGUAAACGAAGGUGAGAAGGGAGAUCACUUCGAUCAAUGUGGAGUUAAGCAAACCUGUUGCAGUUGAUUUUAUGAGUGAUAUUUAGUUUGUCUUCUUCGGCUGUUGCAUCUUUUGUUCUGGAUAAUAGGGUUUGAGAGGAAUUUGUUGGUUUAUCAGCUGCACCGAUUCGAGGUGGUCUCACUAAUCUUCAUGAGAUCUCUGAUAUAUUCUCAUUCUCUAUGUACAGUACUGUGAUGCGUUUGUUGAUUUCUGUCGAUGAUGCUGUGGUUGAUGAUGAACGAAAUAGGCAUGUUCUGAUAAAGUUUCGUGAGUAUCCGUCCUCCUUCACGAUAGAUAUCAAGUAGUUUUCUGCGUUUCUCCGUGAAUUUGUUCUACUGCAGAGUGUGUUGUCACUCUCUUCUUCAUAGGAAUCUGUAUGCGAGUAAUUUUGUAUGUUGUUGGGUUGUUUUUUCUGUAGCUGAGAAUUUGAUCAGUGUUUGUUGACUUCUUGUACACCUGAGAUUCCAGUUUUCCGGUAUUUGUUCUACUGACUACAACAUCCAGGAAUGGCAGUAUGUUGUUCGACUUCUUCUGUAUUGUGAAUUUGAUUAAUUGAAAACGUUGAUGAUCAAAAUGUGAAUGUUUUCUAUAUCAUCUUUUUUAAUGAUGACAAAAGUAUCGUCUACAUAGCGAAUUCAAAUUCUUGAUUUAAUCAACGGUAGAAUCAUGCCUUCCGGCCUCUGCAUUACUGCUUCUGCAAUUAGUCCGGAUAUUGAUGACUCUAUUGGAGUUCCUCUCAUUCGUUUGUGUAUCUUACCAUUGAACUGGAAAUAUGUUGUCAGAUAUAGGUCAAUAAGUUCCAUCAAACUUGAGCAUUUAUGUUUCAUACAUUCUGAAAGGUUUUUAUCUUCAUUGAGCAGGUGGGACAUAGUUUCCUUGGCCAAUUAGAGUUCGGUGGAUUUGUAUAGUGCUGUGAUAUUGAAAGAUACCAUUAUUUGGUCAUUUUCUAUGUUAAUACCUCUGAUAUUUUCUAAGAAUUCCGUUGGUGACUUCAUGGAAUGUCGGCAUGAUUGAACGAGUUUUUCUUGAACGUUCAGUUGAUAUGUUAUAUUUUCCCGGAAGUGCGACCAUUGGUCGUAGAGGGAUUCCUGGUUUAUGUAUUUUUGGUCUGUUAUGGAGCCCAAAAAGGACAAGUUCAUUCGAUUUCAUUCGCCAUAUGAUUUGUCCGAUCAAAAAGCUGCAAGCGUAUAUAAGACGCAUCCAAUAAACUUUAUUAGGAAGGAAAAAAGAUCCAUUUGGAGUAUUACCUGGCCCACUUUUUCAUGAAUAUGUGUGAGCUAGCUAGUCACUCUUGAUAUAAGAAACACUCAUAUAGCUGUCUCAAUAUGCCUGUAGUCCUGUCUUCGUUGUAUACCUGGCAGCAACGGCCUAGUUCUAGAGACAUUCACCAGCCAUUACUAAGACACUGGUCCUCUUAAUACGUGAAUAAGUACUGAGAAUUAAACUGUAGGAUGUGUAAGUUAUAUCAGUUAAACCUAUUGAUGUAAUAAUUUCCUUUUUCAGAUUCAUUCUAGAGAUAAAUAAAACUACGCUCGUAUGAUUUUGAAAUGGUGGAGAAUAUUUGUAUCUCAGGUCUUAGUUGUAUUGUGUUCUCUGAGCUGGGUUGUUUAGUCACGUAGCUUUCAUCGUCUUGCUGAAGUAAGUGUUGACGAUGCCGUCUAGCAAGAUGAUGAAAGCUCCACGACUAAACAACCCAGCUCAGAGAAUACAAUACAACCAUGAAUCAAACUACUUCAUUUCGAUAUUUCACUCUGUUAAAUAUUCAGUUUCACUCUUUGAUUUCACUGACUUCAUUUUUUUCAAACUUCAUGGUUAUUGGUGGGGUUCGAAAUUAAGCUACAGUGUUAUCUGGAAACUAGUAUACUGAUAAUGGUGACAUAAAAUAUAUGAAGUUAUUUUAAAUCUUCUUAAAAAUCUCUUGAUCGACAGAAUGAAAUGACGAAGAUAAAACCAUCAGUCUUUCAUUGGUAAUUCAGCUGAUUAUGAAAAUGAGUAAAUGUGUGAAUCAAAUACAAAUCAAUGUAGAACGUGGUUCAUAAGUUCAUCAACUGAAUUUGUCAUAUAUACUGUUAGGUUCUCUUUGAUUAACUUUGAGAAUAGACAACUGAAAGUGUGUAUCUAUGAAACCAAAUUCGGAAUAAUGAGCAGGAUUUUUAAAAUUUUGAAAUGACUAUUCUGAAGACAAAUUUAUGAACUUUCUAAGGAGAGUUGAUAAGACUUCUCAUAUGAUAGUGGUUGUUAAUGUUAAUUAUAAUAAAGAAAGAGGUAUACAGUGUUUCAUAGAUUCUUUAGUAAUCGAUUACAAACGGAGAUGAAAUCCUACAUUUUACUACACCCUAUUGAUUAAACAUAUGGACUCAAAUUAUUCCAUAGCUCUAGUUCACCUAGAUGUUAAACUCUAUGUAUUAGGAAUUGCCACAACUUGGCAAUUUGAUAUAUAAGUUAAGUUAUAACUGAUUGAAAUGAGAAGAGAUGUAUUCGAAAAUAUUCCAUUUUUCGAUAAUUUAUUCUGGUAAAAAAAGUCGAACAAGUUAGCAGUGCCAACAGAAAUUACUCAUUCAAAGUUCUUCUUUUAAUUAAUUUUGUCUCCUAAAACUAAAAGAAACUUUGUUGUUAAAUAUGUCUUACAGCGGCAUACAAAAAUCGAUGGAUGGGAAUAACAAAAUUUAUUGGUAAAAAAAGAUUCUCAAGCAGUUAGAAAUACCCAGACGAAAUCUGGUUCAAAUUGUACGCUUUCUCACUGGGAAAUUAAAAGAACCAAUAACUAUUCAUCUGAGAUCUAGUUUAAUAACCAUGGCCAAUGGGACGCAGGAUGCGUAUUUCAUCCAAUCUGGGACUCGUCAGAUGGGUGUACCUACUUCUCAAUGAGUUGUUCCCAUAUGGCUUGAACCCGGACGGACCGUUUCAAACACCAGACCGUUAUUCACUAGACCACCGAGCUAGGCUGGCCGGUUCUUGUGCUGCGGGUAUAGUUUUAGUGUUAUUGAAGGAGGCGAUAUGCCAAUAGAGACCGAUCAAUUCGGUUCAGUCAACGACGUUAUAAUGCAAGCAAUAAUACUAAGAUUUAGCUUGUUAAGAAUUCAAAGAAAUUUAACUAGGGAGUUAACUUUUAGAAAUGUAAAAUAUAACGUAUGUCCAAUAAGCAAUGCAACUUUGGGAUUGAUAGAACUAAGUAACCCAAUUUAAGCAGAAGAAUUAGUUAUGUUCUUAGGUCUGUGGUGACCCAGUGGCUGAUUGGUUAAUGCAUUUGCCGUGAAACCUUUAGAUCCUGGGUUUGACUGCUGGGGAGUCCCAUACUAGGGCGAAAAAGCUGUCCAGUGUUCCCAAAUUUAUUUAAACCUCACCUGGUUAACUAGCUCACUAAUUGCUAACCGGUCCUAAGCCCGGGUAAAGAGGGAAGGUUUGGCAUAGGGCUAGAAACCCUACCCCGUAAAACCAAUCCAAUCGCUAAAAAAACUUC